AUGCCGUUGUAUAUCCUUACCAGCAAACCGGGAUGGAAGCGUAAGAAGCACACCCGCGCGCCUGCAUGGAAGCCCCGCUUCCAGCCACAUGACAAAGUCUCCCCUCAACCUUUCUAUCAAGUCGAGUCGCCGCAAGAGUUUGAUGAACGCGAUAAUGAACUGGGCCCCGAUGCUCAGGUAUGGAAGACGUAUGUGAAGGAGACGGAGCAGAUUGAUGGGGAACAAGUCGAUGCAUGGAAUAAGUCAAUGGAUGUGAUACUGAUUUUUGCGGCGUUGUUCUCAGCCAUUUCUACGGCAUUUGUAAUCGAAAGCUACAAGAACCUCAAAAAGGACCCAGAAGAUUCAUCGGCUCAAAUUCUUCUUUUUAUGUCUCAACUUCUGGCCACAAUGACCAACGGGUCACAGGAGCUUGGUGGUCAGUUGUCCAAUAAUAUACAGCUGAAGCAACGCGGAUCGUCACCUUCUCGGUUGGAUAUAUGCGUCAAUUUUCUUUGGUUCCUGUCGCUCAGUCUGAGUGUUGCUGUCACUCUGACAUCCAUGCUCGCAAAGGAGUGGUGCCUGACCUUCAUGUUGGGUCGCACAGGCCCGCCAGGUGCUCGGGCGCGUGAAAGACAACAGCGGUGGGAUGGCAUUGUAUGUUGGAAGAUGGAAGAAGUGGUGAUGCUAUUGCCAUCUCUCAUCCACAUGUCCUUGCUGUUAUUUGCUAUAGGACUAUGUAUAUUCCUGUGGGACAUUAACCGGGUUGUUGCCAGUCCGGUUAUUGCCGUUACCGCUAUUGUUGCCUACCUGACAUGCACAGUACUGCCUUUGCGCUCUACUCGCUCACACUUCCACACAAGGCAGGUCGGUAUAACACAAGAUGCCAUUACGGCAAAGGCACUAAACUGGAUGAUCGGAUCUGCCGUGGGCACCCUUGCGGACUCGGGAAUCUGGUCCAUGAUCAGGCAUAGGCUCGGGACCAACGACCCGUUCUCACACUAUAGCGAUCUUGGUACUGCCACCUAUGCACGGGCCUUACAGCAAAUCUUAGUAAUCGGAGGUAGUAUGUAUGGAUACAACUAUGGCUCAAACACAGAAACAAGGAGAUUGGAGGUGGCAGCGCUAGGGCUGCAAACAUGUAUUGACAGUAUCAUCCACAGUAUCAAAAAGCACGAAAGCAGCGUAUACAUUAUAACCCAGGACCUUCUACAACGUUGCGCCCAUCUUGGUGUCCGGUUUCUGAUCGCGCACAAUAUUGAACCACAGUUACCUGACACCAAUAAAUUGGGAAAGUCGCAUACCAGCAUCAAAAUCGCAGCCAAUGAUGUGGAGCUUGCCGAAGAUAUCACACAACGUCUCGAACGACAUCUAAACGGCGAAAUAGACAUCGGGACCACUAGCUAUGCUGUUCUAUCCGCAAUUUUAGCACUCCUGCAUACCUCUAGCCUAUCAGACAACAGGUCAAUAGCCACGUGCACGAUGCGACUUAUCCAUGCAUACAUUGGGAGGAUGGAAAGGUUUAACCGCUAUUAUUCUGUUUCUUCUGAUUCAAGGAAGAAGGAUCGAGCGAAGAUUGCAAUCCGGAAUCAUGAGGUCCAAGAACGCCAACUGAACAUGUUAGCUUGGGUAGCUGCCGCUAUAGACUUACCAUCUCGCUCACCUGAGGGGGUAUCUAAGGCCAGCUACGACCGAUAUGAGCAUGUGGCUUCACAUAUAUGGAGGUUCCUGAUUGAAUCAUUUUACUCUGAAGCAAACGGCCCCAAACGUGAUGCGCAGAAAUUCCGUGGGGUUCUACACCUUAUAGCAAAUCACCAGAAAUAUAAACUGAACUCCACGGACCAUGCAGCACUCAAAACAUUCCUUUCUGCCAGUCACCUCGACCACUCAAUAUUUCACAACAAGCAGGAGUUCGUGAGGAGUGACUCUGAAGUCCAACUCGGAAAUGUCAUGUGCGAAUGCUUACCCAGUUUUGGAGCAUCUAAUCCACAAGAAUGUGCGGAGCUCGUAAAAACUAUUUCCGACAGAUAUAAACGCUUCUCUCCUAGCCAACGACAGUUGGUUUUAACACCUGAAACGGCAGACGGAACGCGGGGAUCCGGAAGUUUUGUACGGGCUAUUGGCCGAUCACCCAUUUCCAAGCUCUCCCCUGACCUAGUGAAGCUAUUGAUCUCCGAAAGUCUCGUCUCUCAGCUUUCCGGUGCAUUGCACGAUGAUCAACAUCUCUACCGCGGAUUUGCGAUUGCUCAGUUGUGGUUCAUUCUCCAUUCCUCUCUUCGCUCGAAGGUCCGUGUAUAUGAGAGCUUGGCAGCGCUUGAGGCAACAUUAGUACAGGACUGCCGUCUCCCAAAGGGUGAUAUCUCAAUGCGAAGCGUCAUUGAGAAAUUGGAAAUUGAUCUCGAAUCGUUACUGGCAGAUCAUGAUGGCUCCUUUAAUAGUGGGGCUCAGGGAUAUAGUUACUUGUAUCGUAUUCUUGAGUGCAUGUCCACCAAGCGGGAUCAGCCAUUGACCGCAAACGCAGAGAGCUGGCUUCGGCAUGUCCCCAAUAAUCUUCGUGGUUUGGCCUCAAGUAACGUGUAUCUUGCCGCGUCGACCAGCACUGCCGGACCGUGGUCCAGACUCGGAGGGGCAGGUAGGUUGACUCGUGUACUUGGUGCCUAUCACACCUACCAUCUGCAUGAUGACGACGGUACGACUGCGGGAUGCAAUGGCUUCGAACGAUUCGUCACCUACUUCGGCCGCGACAUCUCUUCCUCUCUCUGCCCCCCUGCCACUACCGCCCGAGCUUACCCAAAACUCCAAGUUUGGGCCAAGGACGGAGAGACAAAGGCCGACGAAGACAUGGUCAACGCACAAGGCGGAGAUAACAUGCUGGGUGCGACCCCGUUGCCCCGACUCGAGCGCGCUUUUUCGAUGCCCGUAGCAAGUCAAAUGGGCCACCUACGACAUCCUAGACGUCCCCCAGGAUUUGGGUCUCCCGGGUCAUCGGUAAACAGCCAGCCAUAUACCCCAGGGCUAUCGACGAUAUAUUCGGCUCCGCAGUCAGCGAUGGUCAAGGACUACGUAGCACCUCAAAGUGUAUUCCCGACCUACUCUGGACUAUCUCUCGAACUUGCAGAUACGGCCCAGCUCAUUAUACAGACACUUCUACAGCUCUCCCCUCCCCACAUGUUAGACCCCGCCAAGGAACAAUUUUCUGGGUGCACCUUGCAGCUUCCGACGACCAGUAUUGGAGGAAUGUUGCACGCAAUGAAGGGAUUGAACUGGAUGUCAAUCCGGUUGGCCGGCUUUGUGGAGUCGGAGCAGAACGCGGGACUGGACAGUGUGUUAGAAGAGUCAAAAGAGGAGACGUUUGAUAUCGGGGAAACGCUUCAAUGUGUUGGGGACUUACUUAGUGGGAUUGCGGCGCAGGCUGGGGUACAACUUGUGAUAUACCAUGCGGACGUCGGGCUGAAGCAUAUUGGAGUCAAAGGAGACGAGGGUGGUGCAUCGUACGCCUUAUCACAUAUCGUGCGACAAGUAAUAGCGACCACGGAACCCGGAGAAACGAUAGAACUUGGACUGUCACUCGAGCAGCAUGAAUCGAAAGUAAACUGUAUAUUCGACGUUGUUCACCGGUUGAACUCUCCAGUCGACACACGUAUUCCACCCCAGCUAGACACCGUUAUUCUGCGAAGACUGUUGACCCAUAUUAGGGCUACAUUACAGAUCAAACCUACCGCCAUCCCUUCAUCUCCCAGCCUGGUCGCUACUCCUGAUACCCCAAUAACUCCCGCAGAGCGACAACCUUUCCCAACAAUCAAGCUGGCAAAUGAACCGACGCUGGAGGACCUGUUCAAGUUUCAGGAAAAGCACCUCAAAGGGAAAAGGGCGACAUUUUACGCAAACCCAAAGAGCUCAUUUGCCCAGCACUUGACGAGUUAUCUGACGACGUGGGGCGUUGGGAUCGAGCAUCGAGCCAUGGACGAAGAGUUGCCAACAGGCGAAACAGAGGGCAAGACAUCGUUUAUCAUCAUUGACGACGAUGUGUCUGUCCUCCGGGCACGACUCACGCAAUUGCAUGCGCCCUUUGUUUCUCCCGCCUUGUCCCGCAAACGACCGAGUUUGGCAUCUAACCACCGACCCAAGUCGAGUCCCCAUAUACGGCAGCUUACGGGGAUAUCAGAGACUUCGAGUCCAGUAGUGAUUCACUUCACUAGUCUCGGGAAUUACAAAGUGGUACGAGACGUGAUACAGUCGGUUUUGGGUACGCAGUCCUACCUCGAGGUUCUGGUCAUACCGAAACCCGCCGGGCCGCGUCGUCCAUCGAGCCCUAGUCAGAUCUCGAUUACUUCGAGGUAUAAGCCUUCAAGUCCUGUUUCGACGACGAGGCCGAGUCCGCUUGCGAUCGAUAGUAACCGGGACUAUUUCAAUGAGACGGCCGAUUUGUUGGAUAGUGCUAUCAGCCCCGGGGUAGGACCUAGGAGUGAAACUGGCGGCGGAGGCAUAGUUGUUCAAAACAUCGAUGGUAAACACACAGGAAUUUUCUUCAACCCGCCUCAGAAAAGUGGGUCGGGAGGACCGGGGCGUGCCACGACCAUCGACACAUCUUUCUCCAACAAGCGCCCGCAUACUCUCCCCGCGCGAUCUGGAACCGCUGAUUCGCUGGGUCGAGAUCCGGGUGAACAAUCCCCCGCGUACCAAGAGAACAGUCCGUUUCAGAAAUCUCCUACGAGUCCGAUCACCCCUGCGCCUGCUACGGUCAAGUCGCCCCACAUGCCCCCGACGAUCAUUCGUACAUCGUCGGGGCCUGUGGUACCCAAGGCCAAACCGACCCCGUCGAGCGGGGCAAAAGAAACCAGGAGACGCUCGUCGAACGGUGGUCCCGGGAAUGCCAGGAGCCCCACAGCUGUAAAGAGUCCUACAGCUGGGCCUGUGGGGAAGAAACCUGUGAAAAAGGGAAAAGACACAGGGAUUGUACCUCCUAUCAGCGUUUUAAUCGUCGAAGAUAACCCGAUCAAUCAGAACAUCCUGUCGACGUUUAUCAGGCGUAAGAAGAUCAAGUACGAAGUUGCCAAUAAUGGAUUGCAAGCUGUGGAGAAGUGGAAGACGGGAAGGUUUCAUUUGAUCUUUAUGGAUAUCCAAAUGCCUGUGAUGGAUGGCAUCGAAGCGACCCGCGAAAUUCGUCGCCUUGAAAAGAUCCAGCAUGGUCCGGCUUCGACACCACCGAUUGAAUCACCCGGCCUUCUUUCCGAAUCCAAGCAACUAUUUACGCCCUCGUCCGAUUCGAAACUCUUUGGAUCUUCUGGUCCGAGCUCUCCGUUCCGAUCGUCGGUCGUUAUCGUCGCGCUCACCGCGUCCAGUCUUCAGAGCGAUCGUGUUGCCGCGCUGGCAGCUGGGUGUAACGAUUUUUUGACCAAGCCCGUUGCACUCGACUGGUUGGACAAGAAGAUCAUUGAAUGGGGAUCCAUCAAGGCCUUGCAAAUGUGGGCAGACCCAGAGACGGCCAAGAACUUCCAAAGGGGACAAGAGGCCAAAGCCAAGGCUGUCGCGUCGCAACUGAGGAUCGAGAACAGAAGGUUCAAGAAUCCCGAGUCAUCAUCUUCUUCCAAGAAGGGCCCGGAAAUCCAUGUUCAGGCCCCGACUCCUCCACCCCAACCUGCUUCUAAACCUGUUAUUUCAAGGCGUAUUACGAAGAGUCCCAGUCCCUUGAGUCGGUCGAUGGUAUUACCCAGUGAACCCCCUCCCUUGCCGAGUCUCAAGCUGGGUGGCGAAUUCAAUUUUACGGGUAGUCGCGAGGCGAACGGAAAGGCUUCGGAGAAUGGGACAGCGGCUAAAGAAGGAAAACCGGCUCAGAACAGGGUGGCGGUCGAGGUACCCAAGCCCCGAGAUGACGCAACCGAUGUGCCCGAGUUGUCGUUGGACGCUCCUUCAGCAUUUUCCAAAGAAUCGAUGAGCUUUGAACAGCUUGCUUCUGGGCCUUCCACUCCUCGACCAACCCAAUUUCCUGAGUCCAACACAUCUAGCGCCCAGGCUCUGAUUCCUCCUCCUCCUGCAACCUCAUCAUCAUCUCUCCCUCGCGACACGGCAACCUCGCCUGUGUCCUCUGACGCAGCCCAUACUGAUACGCCAUAUCAAUCAGCUACAUCCAUCCCACCAAGUCCAAGUUGA